UGCAGGACCACCUGCUCCAUCGUGUAAUGCAGUUGCGAUCGAGUGAGAGCAGGAAGGAGCAGCGAAACCGAGAUGUCCCGAGUCCCGGACCCCUGCUCUUGUAAAACAAAAACAGAAUUACCUGGAAAAACUCAGCAGGUCUGGCAGCAUCGGCGGAGAAGAAAAGAGUUGACGUUUCGAGUCCUCAUGACCCUUCGACAGAACUAGACCUGCUGAAUUUUUCCAGGUAAUUCUGUUUUUGUUUUGGAUUUCCAGCAUCCGCAGUUUUUUUGUUUUUAUCCCUGCUCUUGUGACUGGCUGAACUCAGUGAUUGACGUAGACAUGUGGGUUGGUUUGCAACGUACACCUGAUUGACGUUUCUGAUAGCCAAUCAGAGAGCCCACCCAGCGUGCCCAUUCUCUCCUCUUCCAAAACUGGUCCACUUCCUGGUGAGCAGACGGAGGAUUGCACCGUACUACAGCAGAGAGUACAGAGAGGAUAAAUCCUGACCAUCACCCAAGGAACAGCUGCACAACUGUGGGAAGAUAUCCAGUCCCUUCACAGCAUUGCUCAACGCAGAGAAGGUUGGGCAGUGAAACCAUCAACUGGAAAUCGGUUGGGUCAGGGAAGCUUUGACAUAUCAUCAGAUCUGAAACUGGUCAAUGGUGUGGAGCUUUCCAUCAGAACCAACCUUUCUAGCUGUGGACGAUCGGUCAGGGUGAGGCUAGGAAGAAGUGUGAGUGGGCUCCAAGUGUGGUGAGAGCUUCAAUCGUUCUUGGAGCCUCGUGAACCACUGAUUUGUUCCUACAGGUGAGAGACUAUUUAAGUGUGACGGGGGAUCCACAGGCUCAUAAGAUCUCCAAACACAUAAGGUGCAUCUCUUACAACCACUGUUAAAUCAAGGGCAGCCAUAUGGAAGAGAAACGAUUCAAGUGUGAGCUGUGUGAUAAAGCUUUUGUCACAUUUUCGAGCCUGCUGAUACACCAGAGAAUUCACACGGGGGAGAAACUCUUAAGGUGUGAGUUCUGUGAGGCGGUUUUCACCAAUUCCUCCAAUCUCCUGAGACACCAGAGGAUUCACACAGGAGAGAAACCAUUCAUGUGUGAGGUGUGUAACAAAUCAUUCUCGCAGUCAUCAACCCUCCGCAGCCACAAACGCAUUCACACCGGGGAGAAACCGUUCACAUGCCAGGUAUGUGACAAAUCAUUCUCAUGGUCAUCGAACCUCCUCAGCCACCAACGCAUUCACACUGGGGAGAAACCAUUCACGUGCGAGGUGUGUGAUAAGUCAUUCUCGCGGUCAUCGGAGCUCCGUGUACACCAGCGAAUUCACACUGGGGAUAAACCAUUCACAUGCGAGGUGUGCAACAAAUCGUUCUCAGAUUCAUCAGCCCUCCGGGAACACCGACGCAUUCACACAGGUGAGAGACCGUUCACGUGUGAGCUGUGUGACAAAUCAUUUUCACGGUCAUCGGACCUCCGUGUCCACCAACGCACUCACACAGGGGAGAGACCAUUCAUAUGUGAGGUGUGUGAUGAAUCAUUUGCGCAGUCAUCGACCCUUCGUGUACACCAACGCAUUCACACAGGGGAGAAACCGUUCAUGUGUGAGGUGUGUGACAAAGCCUUCCCACAGUUAUCGAAACUGCUGAUCCAUCAGAGGAUCCACACAGGGGAGAAACCAUUUAUGUGUGAUGUGUGCUACAGAUCAUUCUCACAGUCAUCGAGUCUCCGCAGACACCAACGUAUUCACAUGGAAGUAACCGUUCAAGUGUGAGGUGUUUGAUAAAACUUUCACAAAGUUUUCAAACCUCCAGGUUCAUUUGGGUAUCCACACAACUGAGUAACCCUUCAAGUCUGAGGUUUGCGAUAAAGUUUUCUUGAUGUCUUCAAUGUGAAAUAUUGGUGUGAGUUCUGUAAGAAAACCUUCAUACAGUUGUUAGACCUCCUGGAACAGCAGCAAACCCACAUGGGAACUACCUAACCAAGUUCUUGCUAAUCUGUCAUCAGAGUGUGAACCUUUGUGCAAUCUAACUGCAAAGGAUGUUCAGUGAUAUUGUGGCACAGAACAAGAAGCAGCAUCAAACAACUAGUAACAACAAUCCCAGUGCUGAGGUACAAUGAUGCCAAUGAUGAAGUCACCCUGCAGUGAGAUGCCAGUGAAACAGGACUUGGAGCAACCCUCAUGUGGCAAGGACAACCAGUGGUGUUUGUAUCCAGAGCAUUAACAAAAAUUGAACUAUGCUGUGCAGAUUGAGAAAGAGAGCCUUUACUUUACUUCUGAGCAUUUCAACCAGUGCCUGUUUGUGAGAGAGUAAGUGAUGGUGGAGUCUGACCACCAGCCAUUUCAAAACAACUUUCUCAAACCGCUUCUAUCUGCUCCAAUGUGUUUGCAAGUGGUGUUACUUUGUUCAGAAGUGAAGACCUGAAUGCAUUAAAGCUUAUGAGCAUGCUUUUGGCUGCUCUCUAAAUUUUCCCAUCCCACCCCACACACAACAAUGCCCGCUAUUGGGAGGACCAGAAAAUCCCACUCUGUGUGUAGUGCAUGUGUUGGAACAGAGUAGAAAGAACAAAGUUUUUUGCUCAUGUGUGAUACUUUUCUUUAUGGACUACGUGUUGUUUUCAAUAGUUUGAUCUAUGUUUGAUUAUGUUAGUCAGUUCUCUGAUCUAUGUGACUGUGCCUGAUUGCGUAAGCAUGUGGUUGGAGCUUGGGAGCUAAUUAUACAGAGCUUUCAAAGAGAAUACCUGGGUUCUGGCAGGGGGCACCAUGUGGGUAUAGAAUCCUAUAAUUUAUGAGAUUUUUUAAAGUAGUGUAAAUGAACUUGUUUAGAUUUCAAACUAGUGUCAUCUAUGCAUCGUGUUGAGAUAAAGUAGGUAUCUCAGGUAUCUAGCAAACUGGUGAAUAGAUAACACUAUGUAUGUGGCAAAUGAUAGUGCAUGCAAUGUUUUUUUUAAUGGAAAGUGGAAUGUUUGGAUGAAUACUUUGGUACAUUGUCAUUAAUGACCUAAUGUUAUCAUAUGUAAAUAAAGGUUUGAGGGCAAUAGCCAUUUUUACACA